CGCCGGAUUCUAGCCGGUUUCCACUUCAAACCACAUCCUCUCCCGAUAUAUAGAUGGCUAAAGCAAACAUUCCUCUUCCGAAACCAAAGGAAACGCGAGACGACAAUGACCAUCAAGAUGUGUCUGUAUCUGUCGAAAACGCCAGCGAGCAUACAGGAUUCGUCCAGGCCUUGAGGCUCAUCUUAUACUUGAUCAUCUUUAUCGCGCUGGCGGGUAAAUUUCUUACUGGUAGUUACGUUUGGGAAUACGAGGGCAAGUGGAUACGUCUCAGAACAUACUUUCCGCCUCCCCAACGUCUAUUUACUGAGAGCGAGCUUGCAAAAUAUGACGGAAUGGACCCUGACAAACCAGUCUACCUUGGGAUUGACGGGGACGUUUACGACGUGACCAAAGGCAAAGCCUAUCAACCGGGAGGCCCUUAUCAUGUGUUAACUGGUGUAGAUGCCGCGCGCGCUUUCGGGACAGGUUGCUUCAAGACACACCGCACUCACGAUUUGCGAGCACUGACCGAUGCUGAGAUCAAGGGCAUUCGCCAUUGGAGAAAGUUUUACGAAAACCACCCAAAUUAUUUCAAAGUUGGUAGAGUUUUACAUCCUCCUAUUGACCCCUCUAGCCCUAUAAUCGAAGGCUGUGACACCAAAAAUAAAAAUAACACUGGGGCGAAGAAGGACACUGCAGAGCGGCGUGCGCUCGUACAAGAAAGAGAUCCAAAUACACAUCAAGAGUUUUAAUAGACACUGUUGCAGAUUAGUAUCCCAAUCCCAUUAUGUAACGUCCCAUAUACCAAGGAGGAGAUUUCUGUGCAAAUCAAUCUAGGUAAACUCAUACCUGCCGAGGGCUUCCAUGCGUUUGCAAAAAAUUUUUGAGGAUGGGGAAAUCGGCCAUCGAUAUAUCCAUCAUAGAGGUGAAUGGAUUUUCUCGAUAUUUGCCGACCACGAGAUUGCCGCGCCAGGCUUGCUCUUCAUUCAUUCCAUCUCGAGAAACUACUGGGUAAAAGAUGAUAUAUGGGCAGGCAAAUUUUCGAUUCAUGCCAUCCAGUGCUUCGACAAGCUGAG